UAAUAUUCGGGCACAAGCAGCGAACAUAACGGAUAAGUGUUAUCCUCAUCUUCUCUAUCUAACUCACUGAUAAGAAGGAAAAGCAGAGAGAUUUUGGUGUGAAAAUGAACAUCGCCACCUAUCAUCGUCGCUCAAAUCUCAUGUUAAAUCCUCACAUAGACAAGACUAUAGCGAAGAGUGGGCAAGCAAGCUCAAAUAAUGUUACAUUCAUGACAAGAACACAAGGAAGAAGAAGAAGAAAUAUGGGAUUGUGUUUAGUAAGAGCAUGUGCAGGCGAAGAAGAAUCCGACAAUCAAAGUAAGCCCGAGAGAAGAAGUUUUUUGAGCUUAGCAGAAGCUGGUCUUGUCGAAAUCUCGGGCCUUGGUGCCCACGAGAAGUUUCUCUGUCGACUAACGAUAUCGUCAUUGAAUUUACUAAGAGUGAUAUCGGAGCAAGAAGGAUGUUCAAUAGAAGAGUUGAAUGCUGGAAAAAUAUGCGACUGGUUCUUAAAAGAUAAGCUGAAGAGAGAGCAGAACAUGGAAUCCGCCGUUCUUCAAUGGGAUGAUCCUGAUUUUCCAUUUUAAUAUUUUCUUAUCAUUAAAUUUUAAGACACAAAAGAGUAUGUAUGAUCAUCCAUUAAUUGGAAAAUAUUAAGUCGAAAUGUUAAAGGUUCUUCAUUAAUAGGUAAGUCUUAUU